AUGUUUGAAUGGAAUGAAGUCAUUAUUGAAGAUAUUCCUUAUUUUGUUUUUGGUCUACAAAGCUUACUUUUUCAUUAUUUGGAGGUCUUGCAGAAGAAUGUUAGGAAAUUAAAAGUUGGCCUCUUCAAGUGGUGCAGUCCACAAGCAAGGGAAAUACGAAGAGAUCACAGUGGUGGUGUAAUACCCAUAUUUGUGCCAAUCCCAUCCACGGACAGUGUAUUUCCUCUUGAACCUGUGUGCAUCCUCCACAGUUCGGAAAUGCUUUUCAGACAGAGUCAACUCUGCACCUGGUCAAGAGUGUGUUUUUGGGGGAGUAUCUGUGCCUUUUGA